AUGGCACGAAAAGGAGUACAGUGCUAUCUAGCACAUAUAGUGGAUGUAGAGAAGGAAGUUUCCCAGUUAGACCAAGUCUCUAUAGUUAGGGAGUUUAUUGAUGUCUUUCCCGACCACUUACCUAGAUUGUCUCCGUAUAGGGAGAUUGAGUGUUGUAUUGAUUUAGUUCCGAGUAUCGAAGCAAUAUCAAUGGCACCAUAUAGAAUGGCGUUUCCGGAAUUGAGGGAGCUAAAGGAGCAACUGCAGGAUUUGUUGGACAAAAAGUUCAUCCGACCGAAUCACAAGAGUUUUAAGUACAACUUUCAACAGAGGGAUCUAAAUCUGAGGCUGAGGCUGAGGAGAUGGAUGGAACCGCUGAAGGAUUAUGAUUGUACCAUACAAUACCAUUUAGGUAGGGCAAAUAUUGUUGCUAAUGCUUUGAGUAGAAAAUCAUCAUGGAGCUUAGCUUUUAUUCAAGAGGUACAAAGACCUCUAAUUAGGGAGCUGCAUGGGUUAGUGGAUGAAGGAGUCAGAUUUGACCUUAGUGAAGCUGGAGCAAUGAUUGCUCACUUUCAGGUUAAGCUAGAUUUGUUUGACAAGAUAAAAAUAACUCAGAAGAAAUAUGAUUCCCUACUCAGGAUCAGAAAUGAGGUAAAGCAGGGUAAGGCUGCAGGUUUUGUGAUUGGUGAUGAUGAUGUGCUGAGUUAUGAGAAUAGACUUUGUGUGUUUGACCUGUCAGAGGGUAAAAGGAGUCAAGAGGGUUAUGAUUCGAUAUGGGUGAUUGUCGAGAGGUUGACAAAAUCAACCCAUUUUUUGCCAGUUAAGAUUACUUAUGGAUAUGCGAAGUUGGUGGAAUUAUUUAUUAGCGAGAUUGUGCAAUUGUAUGAUGGAGUGUCAAUUUCGAUAGUUUCAUAUAGAGGUCCACAAUUUACAUCGUGGUGUUGGGUGAAGUUCAUUGAAGCUAUGGGUACUAAAGUGCAGUUGAGUACAACUUUUCACCCUCAAACAGAUGAAUUUGCUUACAACCACAGUUAUGAGGCUAGUAUAGAGAUGACGCCUUAUGAGGCUUUGUAUGGUCGCAAAUGUAGAUCACUGGUCUAUUGGUUUGAGGUAUCACCGACCAAAGGAGUAUUCAGGUUAGCAUUACCACCGAACUUGUCUGUUAUACAUCCAAUAUUCCAUGUUUCUAUGCUACGGAAGUACAUGUUGGAUCCAUCUCUUGUGUUAGAAAUUCAUCCAGUUGAAUUGAGAGAUGAUAUGAAUUAUGAGGUGCAACCAGAAGCUAUAGUGGACCGACAAGUGAGGAAGCUUAGGUAG